CGCAUUUCUAAGGAUAUCAAAGGCCGGGAUCCAGGGCAACGGCCGACGGGAACUGCAACCUGCAAAAGACGCCGGCUGCCGGAGAGAAAGAUGCAGAAGAAGGCACUGAUAUUCGACGGCGAGGUCCUACUGAGGCGGCUACCUAAGCAAGAAACAAGACCUGUUCUGUGUCUGUCCCCAAUUUCUGACGGAACUUCCUUCCCUCUCUAUGUUUUCCUCCCAUUGUGAGGGUCGUUUGAUUCCUGUCUCCGGCGUCCGUCUCGCUCUUUCUCCAACUCUUCGCCGUUUUGAAGUCUGUAACAACCUGAUUUCGUCUUCGCUUCUCGUCUCCGCGAUUUCCAGGCGGCAGGCGGGCGCCUAAUUGUGACAUGCGGAAUCUGCCAAAUCCUAGGAUGAUUAAUCUUCCCAUUCCUGGUUUGAUUUUCCCUCUUGGAGGAUUCUGAUUAGAUUUUUAUUUGAAUCAUUAAUUUGCAAGCUGACUCAUAGGUACAUAGUAAAUGGGAAGGCGGCAGCUUUGCUUGAAUGAGAGGUUCUGAGUAAAGGGUAGUCUUUUUCAUUUUCUCGUCUUCUACUUUCCCCACAGAGCCAUUUUCUUCUGUUCGCUUUAAUUUAGGCACUAUUAGUGUUCGUGAAAUGCAUUUUGUUUGAUUCGUUUGUUGACGAGUUUGAGCUUCAUUGUUUUCGAAAUGGAGAUAUUGCAUCUACCAGUUGUUACUUUCAACCUGUGCAUGCUUUGCAUCGGUCUAUGCUCAACAAUUUAUGUUUCAGGUGUUGAAGGUGUCAGCAAUGUGACUGAUCGACUCGCAUUGCUCGACUUGAAGGCUGGUUUGAUAGAUGGGCCAUAUGGAACCUUGAGCUUAUGGAAUGACUCCAUUCAUUUUUGUCAAUGGCCUGGAGUUGUGUGUGGGAGUGGGGAUCAGAGGGUCACUGCUCUGAGGCUGGACGGUCUUGCUUUGGGUGGCUCCAUUUCUCCUUCCAUUGGGAACCUGACAUACCUCUCAGAAAUUCAACUUGCCAGCAACAGCUUGAAAGGUACACUUCCCAAAGAGAUUGGUCAGCUUUCCAGGAUGCAGGUUUUCAAUCUGACCAAAAAUUCUCUCACUGGUGAAAUUCCUGCCGAGCUGACAAAUUGCUCCAAUCUCGAAAGCAUCUCGUUAUCGGACAAUAAUUUUGUGGGUGACUUUCCAUCCUGGUUUGGGUAUCUCUCCAAGCUCACUCACUUAGAAAUAAAUAAAAACAAUAUAACUGGAGUUAUACCACAAUGCAUUGGGAAUCUCUCUUCUCUUGUGGUUCUGUCGGUUUCGAGGAACAAUAUUAUGGGCAGCAUUCCAGACCUUGGUGGACUUAAGGAUCUGUCUACUCUUUCUUUAUCCCAAAAUCGGCUCUCUGGAACACUGCCAUCAUCCAUUUGUAAUCUGUCUUCUCUUGAGUUACUUUCUGUUGCGGACAACAUCUUAUCUGGACAACUUUUACCCAACAUGGGUCUGUGUUUUCCUAAACUCUGGUGGUUAUCUGUAGGGAUCUGUCAGUUUUCCGGAGAACUACCUUCUACUCUCGGCAACAUGUCAAGUCUGGAGGUUCUUGAUGCUGGUACAAAUUAUCUGACUGGUCGAGUGCCUGAUAACUUGGGAGUGCUCAAAAAUCUGAACUGGCUCAGUGUUGAAGAUAAUAGGUUGGGUGGUACCUCUGGAGAUGACUUCAGUUUCUUAGGCUCUUUCAUGAAUGCUACCAAACUUGAAGUUUUGAGUUUGGCAGGUAAUGGGUUUAGAGGUGUGUUUCCUAGUUCCAUAGUCAAUCUUUCAAGCAUUACAUGGCUUACUCUUGGGAGUAAUGGUAUAUACGGUGAAAUCCCAGAAUCAAUUGGUAACCUUGUCAACUUGACUAUUUUUGCUGUCGAGAAUAAUUCUCUCACUGGUCGAAUCCCCAGUUCAAUUUGCACUCUUGAGAACUUGGGUCAACUGGGUUUACAAUUUAACCAGUUAUCAGGUUCUGUACCAUCCUGUCUUGGUAACCUGAAGCUUCUGUUCCUUGUAAAUCUGGGCCACAACAAUUUUUCAGGAGAAAUUCCUCUCUCCUUGGCCAACUGUUCGUCGAUGCAGCACCUCUUCUUUGCUAGUAAUCAGCUUAGUGGCAGGAUACCAGCUAAUUUAUUGGGUCAACUGCCCCAAUUGAUCUCAGUCCGACUGGAUCAAAAUUCCUUGACUGGCUCCUUCCCUCCCGAUGUGGGGAGCUUGAAACACUUGAUGACUUUGAUUGCAAGUAACAACAAGUUGAGUGGUGCUAUUCCAGAAACACUUGGAAACUGCCUGAAUUUGGAGUACGUUGACUUGUCAGGAAACUAUUUCCAUGGAAGCUUACCUACAUCUCUCAGCAACUUGAAAGGAAUCCGGUUUCUAAACCUCUCUCGCAACAAUUUGUCAAGCAGCAUUCCGGAAGAACUACAGGGGCUUCAGUUCAUGGAGCACUUGAAUCUGUCAUUCAACCAGCUAGAGGGCCAAGUUCCAAGGAAAGGAGUUUUUGCAAAUGCCAAGACAGUUUCAGUUGCAGGAAACAAAGGACUUUGUGGUGGCAUCCCAUUAUUUAAUCUUCCAGUGUGUGCUAGUAGAAACACAAGGGUGGCGAAGAAGCUCAAACUUCCCCUGAAAUGGAUUGUAGCUGUAACAGUAAGUUGCAGCCUCUGUGUAGUGUUGAUCACUAUUAUUUAUAUUGUUUUCAGUUGCGAGAGGAGGAAAAAUCAGAACGUGGAUUUGUCUCAACCUUUUGGGGCAAACAAGUUUCUAAUGGUGUCUUAUAAAGAACUGUUUGAUGCCACUGAUGGGUUUGCCCACUGUAACUUGAUAGGCACGGGCCAGUUUGGUUGUGUGUAUAGAGGAUUUCUCAGUGAAGAUGAAAGACCAGUUGCUGUAAAAGUAAUGAACCUUCAGAAGCAUGGAGCGUCAAGCAGUUUUACAGCUGAAUGUGAGGCUUUAAGAACGGUUAGACACAGGAAUCUUGUCAAGAUAAUAACUGCUUGUUCAAGCAUGGACAACAAUGGUAACAAUUUCAAAGCGUUUGUGCUUCAGUUGAUGCCUAAUGGGAGCUUGGAGAGUUGGUUGCAUAAUCGGUUGCAUGAAAAAGGGGAUGAUGGUGAGUCGGGAUAUCUGAAUCUUUCCCGAAGGUUGGACAUAGCACUUGAUGUGGCCCAUGCAUUGGAGUACCUUCACCGUGAUUGUGAGACUCCCAUUGUUCAUUGUGACCUCAAGCCUAGCAAUGUUCUUCUUGAUGAUGACUUGGUUGCUCAUGUUAGUGACUUUGGCUUGGCCAAACUCUUUGCCAGGAGUGGUGGUACAGUUCCCAUAUCGUCAUCAGUUGUUAGGGGAACCAUUGGUUAUGUUGCUCCAGAGUACGGAUUGGGCUGCUCUGUUUCCCCAGAAGGAGAUAUCUACAGUUAUGGGAUUCUUUUGUUGGAGAUGAUUACAGGGAAGAAGCCGACAGAUGAAAUGUUCAUCGCCGGUAUCAGCCUUCACAAUUAUUGCAAGAUGGCAUUGCCUGAUGAUAUCCAGGGCAUCUCAGAUCCAUCAUUGUUUGAAGAAUCUUAUGAAGAGAGGCAUAUGAAGGAGUAUAGAUUGAGGUGUUUGGUUUCUCUGGUUCAGGUAGGAGUUAAGUGUUCUGCUGAGUUGCCAGGUGACCGGAUGAAAGUUGCUGAUGUGGUCAUAGAACUUGGUGGCAUCAAAGCCAGGAUUGCAUCAUCAAAACCUCGAUCAAAAUCAUACAAAUCCAUGUUUCACAGUGAGCCUAAUGAAGAGAUUCUGGAAAUUGCCUGCUGAUUCUGUACAUCAUACUGUAGCUUUGCUGUUUUUCUCCCGUCAUAUGCAAGAAAGUUGGAAAACAAGACAUGAAUGCUGUGGAUUUCCCCUUUGUUUCCCGGCUCUCUACUCGCUGGCGGUUGUAUAUAGAAGACUAGUAAAGGCAGAUGCUGCUGGUUACUGGUAGAUUGACUAGGCCAAAAUAUCAGUAGGAAUUCAAGAAUGGAAUAACUGUUAAGGAAUGUGGUCAGAAGGCCUUUUAGAGAGAAGAAUCAGAUUGUGACGCUGGUUAACGUAACUAAGCUAUAUGUUGAACUUAAAGUACCAGUUUAAGGUCCUAAUUACAACUGAUGGUAACAUCAAGACAAUCAUUCAGCUACAUACAGGGACCUGCUUUUGCGCUUUCACCCUCGGGCAAGGCCGAUCCAACAAGUUUGUUCCUCACAGAUACAAGCUUUAAUGCAGCUUCCCUAAUACCGAGUCUCUCUUGUGGAAUAUCUGAUGAACAAGCAAGACCAACUUCAAAUAUGGAUAUCAGAAGCUCCUCAGAUUUUUCGCUCUUUGGAAUGUACUCUGAGCUGCUGGUGCUGGCAUGGCUCGUCACUCCAAGAAGUAGUUCAUCAAAUAAAGCUUGAUCCACUACCUUUGCUGCUGACUUUUCUAGUAAAGCAAAUUGGACGAAGUUAUGGAGGUUCAAGCCUGCUCCCAAACUCUCAUCAGUUGGCCUCCUUCCAGUGAACAUCUCAAGCAGGAGGAUGCCGUAGCUAUACACAUCACCUUGUAUUGACACUAAAUUUCCCAUACCAUAUUCUGCAGUUAUAAUAAGGAAAAAAUCAGAGAAGGUUGCAAUGAUGUGAGGCAAUGUUGUUUGUUGUUUUGGAGAUGAAUAUGAAAUGAGAAAUUGCUAUCAGGUACCAGGGAAAUCAGAAAUGUUUACCUGGAGGAGCAUAGCCAACAGUUCCCCUCACUCCAACCGAGCUAGUCCGCCCUUCAAAGGAGCGUUUGUCAAGUGAUGAAAGGAAUCUUGCUAGCCCGAAAUCACCCACAUGUCCUGUCAUGUCAUCAUCAAGAAGAACAUUGCUCGGCUUGAGAUCGCAAUGAACUAUGGGCGUUUGGCAUUGGUGUUGGAGAUAAUCAAGUGCUGAAGCUACAUCGAUCGCGACGUUUAGUCUCUGGAGGAAAUCCAAGCUUCUUGGAAGGUGGCCAGUUCUCUGCACUGGAUGAUGGAGCCAUUCUUCUAGGCUACCAUUAGCAAAGAACUCAUAUAUGAGAGCUUUGAAAUCAUUCCCAUGAUAAUCCACGCUUGAGCAGG